AUGAUGACAGAAAACUUCAAAAGUAUUGAAAAAUUGGAAAAACUAAUAACUAACAGAAAAAUAGAUAACAAUACUGACAAAAGUCAAAGAACCAAAGUCGAAUGGCUAAAAAUUCAGUGGUUGCGGUUUACCCAUGAUAAUCCAUACAAAAUAUAUUACAAGUAUACCAACAGUAAUGAUGAAACUUUUUCUCCAUUUAACUGUUUUGAUAUUGAAAAGAAAAGAACUCGUUUUUCUUCCUCUUUGACUGAUAUUAAUCUAGAUGUUUUGUACCCCAAUGGUCGCCCCAUAGAGAAGAAAAAAUAUGAAGAUCUAUUACAGCUUUUACCAUAUGUUCCUCCAAUUCGACAUGAUUUCUAUCGCAACCUGAAGACAAAUAAUUCUGCACAAGAUACUGAAGCUGACUUCUAUGAUGAUGACCUAACCCAAGAC